AUGGUGUCUCGCGAGUCAGCUUCGGCCUGGAAGCCGUCCAAGCCUCGAGGGGUACAGCGAGCGUCGGAUCACAAGACGGGUCCCAAAGGCGAGCCCAUGACGCCGUUGCCAUCCGCUACGCUUAUCGUGCUGUGUCCGCGAUCAGCCAAGAAGAAAGAUGCACAUCUGCAGUACGACACCUUGAUGGUGCAGAGAUCAGCCAGAGAUGGCUCGAGCUUCCGCUCCGCCGUUGUGUUUCCGGGCGGUGCUCUCGACGUGGUCGAUGAAGCUCAAGUCGAAUCCGCGCUAUCGUCCAGCGCAGCAUCAUCCGCUCGCUCGGAAAGCGACGAGAUGGAGAAAUAUAUGCAAUCGCUCAAGCUGUGUGCGCUUCGCGAGACGUUCGAAGAGACUGGCCUGCUGCUUCUGCCUUCAUCGAAAUCGAGUGCGUGCGGGCUACCUACCAGCCGCGCGGUGGGUCACCAGGACGCAGGUAUGUCGGCCGAGGAGUGGGCGCACGCACGAAACGACGUUCACCACAACGCCAUCGACUUUGUUCCUUUCCUCCGCAAAGUCUCGAGCAAGCUCGCUCGUAGUAGCACACUCGGUACCAGCAAAGGUGCACUUGCAGAGUUGGCACCUAUGGCGCACUAUUCGAAUUGGAUCACUCCGAGGAGCGUCGUCCGACCGGCGAAACGAUUUGAUGCUCACUUCUUCAUCACCGUGCUCGACACUCCAGAUGUGUUUGGUGACCAAGACUCGCUCAAAAUUUCAGCCGAUGGAUCCGAGACGUUGUCGUUGCGACUACAGACUCCUCGCGAGAUCAUGUAUGCCGGCAUUACCGACCAGAUCUCUCUGUUCCCACCGCAAUUCUACAUUCUCGCCGAUAUCGAAGCCGCCCUAUGUGCCAUGGACACCAACGGUCGCAUCCCCAUCCUGCCACUCAUCUUUGACUCUACUCACGCUUCUGAGCGUGUCACUCGCGACGCUGAAUUCCGAGUCACGCCCAUCGAAGAAGAAAGUCGCGGUCUCCAAGGUCGCAACUAUUCGUGGGACCGCAAAGACGUCGGAACCUCUUCAGCUCCGCUCACCUCCUGGGUUUCAGACACCAACCCACCGCUGUCCGAGAUCAGAGAGCUCGGCGACGAACCGCACUCCCACUACCCUCGCGUUACACCCGUCGAGCCACGCGCGUUCCCAAAACUCGGUGCUAUGCUCGAUAUCAAAACGCAGAUCAUCGAGAACCGCAACCGCGCACAACCAACCGAGACGCAAGACAGCUUCGUCUUUCCUCUCGUAUUGCCUGGCGACUGGCAGGCUUCGCCUGCCCAGCAACAACGCGCCAAACACGGGCUCUUCCUACCAGACACACGCGAGCAGAACGCAAACAACUCAGACCCAGCCCUGGAACGCACAACACCUACCUCGCAGCUGCAAGGUGCUACGAUGAAACCACUCAAUAGACUCUAUGUCUCGCCACGCGCACAAGAGCACGGUGGCGGAAUGACCGUCCGUGGCGCGGUGCGCAAAGGCUUGACCCACUUGCGUGAUUUCCAGGUCGGCGUGCUGCUUGCCCAGGCCUCCACCGACGACCAAGAAGACCAAGAAGACCAAGAUGACCAUUCUGACAGUGCCGCAUCCAGAGCCAAGCUGUAG